GGCCUCCGUGCUGCGCCCCGUCAGCAGCUCCUGCAGAAACAGCAGCUCGCGGAGAAAAACAGCGCGCGCUGCUCCGGUAAUCCCGCGCGCUGGAUCUCGGUUCGGUCCCGGUACAGCCCGUUCCGUCUCCCUGCUCUCCGGGCUCGGUCAUGCGCGUGCUGCGCUGCGUGCGCGCGGUCUAACGGCUCUGCGGAGUUCCCCAGCGCGAGCGCUCAGCUCUGCUCCUCUCUCAGGUUGAUCUUGCGUUCCUGGAUUCCUGCCAUGUCAGGCACCGAGACGGUUCAUUACAUCCACCUGCACAACGCCAGCCAGUCGGUGCUGGAGGCCCUGCGCUCUCAGCGGCGUAAGGGCCUGUUCUGCGACGUCACGGUGCGGAUCCACGACGCCUCGCUGCGUGCCCACGCCUGCGUCCUCGCCGCCGCCAGCCCCUUCUUCCAGGACAAGCUGCUGCUCGGCCACUCUGAGAUCUCGGUGCCGCCGCUCGUCCCUGCGGAGACGGUGAAGCAGCUGGUGGACUUUAUGUACAGCGGCUCACUGGUGGUGCUGCACUCGCAGGCGCUUUGCAUACUGACCGCCGCCAGCAUUCUGCAGAUCAAGACCGUCAUUGACGAGUGCACUCAGAUCAUAUCCCAGAAACGGCCCCUAGGGGCCACCAUGCCCAAGCAGGAGGAACAGGGAGGAGGGAAGGGGCGGGAGAGUGUGGGAAAUGUGGGCGGAGUCGGGGCACUGCAGGGCUACAGUUACCCCUUAAGUGAGUGCGGGGCAGGGGUGGGGUCAGCCGCAGUGCUGCCAGACCCUCAGACUCUGGGGGGCGGGGGGCAACCGGACUCCAGCGGACUGGAAGGAAUAAUGCCACCCCUGGGUGACCUGCUGUGCAGGGGGGAGGGGCUUGGAGCACCUGGGGGUGGAGCCAUGCUAAAACCUGCCAGCUGCACUCAGGAGAUCUAUAUGCUGAACCAGAGCGCGGACCGAAACAGUGCAGGUACAGUCGUACAGAAUCAGAACCAGAACAUGCCAGAUCCAGGACGAGCCCAGAUGAACACUCCCGCUCCCCCGGGGAUGGGGAGGGACAGUCUCCGGGGUAACGGAGGGGCGGAGUUUGUGGCAGUGGGGGAGGAGCUGGCAGUGGGGAUGGACAGAUUCAAUGAGGAAGAGGAAGUGGAGGAGAGAGAGAGGGAGGGUGAGCGUGAGAGGGGGGCGGGGCAUAGCCGUAAGCAGAGACAACCUCUACGACUGCAGGUAAUGGGUGGAGAGCAGGUGGUGGUGAAGGAUGAAAGUGUUCGGGAUGGUGAUAAUCUGUUUGAGUUGGAGGAGAGACGCGAUACACACGAUAACACACACCCAUCAGCUUACGGACAGGGCGGGUUUUAUGAGGACCAGGCCGUGUUUGCUGGUGGUUAUUGGCCGCAGGCGGACACCUCCCAGACUCUAGUGGCCAAUCCCCGUUCCCGCAGCACCAAGCCGCUGUCUCCACCCACUUCCUCUCACAGCAUCAACAACCAGAUGCUUUUCCAGUACCCCGUCAGCGAAUCACAGCCCUCCUCCUUCUUUGUGGGUGGGCCUAUGGGGAUUGACAGCAUGGCAGAGUCGUGUCAGCAGGCUCCUCCCCCAGCACCGAUGACUCCGGCCCCGCCUCCUCCUGCCUCUGCGUGUGUUGCGGGUCCGAGUUUUACGGGUCAGAGUUCAGAGACGAGCUUCGACUGCAGCCACUGCGGGAAAUCGCUGAGAUCCCGCAAAAACUACAGCAAACACAUGUUCAUCCACUCUGGUCAGAAGCCUCAUCAGUGCAGUAUCUGCUGGCGGUCCUUCUCGCUGAGGGACUACCUCCUGAAGCACAUGGUGGUCCACACGGGGGUCCGGGCGUUCCAGUGCUCCGUUUGCUCGAAGCGCUUCACCCAGAAGAGCUCCCUGAACGUCCACAUGAGGACGCACCGCGUGGAGCGCACCUUCUCCUGCACCGUGUGCCACCGCGCCUUUACCCACCGCACCCUGCUGGAGCGCCACGCCCUGCAGCACCAGCACCCACCAAUCAAACCCUCCAACCUCGACCAGGGGGGCGGGGCCAGCAUGGGCGGUGGCAGCAUGGGUGGGGCCAACGGGGCAGGCCCUGCCUCGUAGUGAGGAAGCGCUCUGAAACGCAGAGGUCAGGGCUAGCGUGGGCGGGGUCGGCGGUCCGCUCUAGCUCCACUUUUUGAGAAACAGCAGGGGGGUGGACACGAUUUGCGGUCGCUGGGUUACCCCUCUGUUGGAGGCGGAGUUUACCUUAUCGUCAAGCAAUACGUCCAACAAAAAAUACUUAAGAAGCCUGUGGAGAUUAUCGGUGAACAUCAGAGAUCAAAGUUUUCAGACUGCUUAAUUAUUAAAGAUAUUAGCACGUUUCUUUAUUUCGUCCUUUUACGCAAACUUACCGUCCUAAAGAGUGACGCAAUACAGAAUAAUUCAAACUACACUGCCUUUUAAAUACUUUUAAGGCUAAAUCAGGUUAUUUCUUUAAAUAAUAAAAAGUCGUGCUCGUUUUAUUCUCGUAAAUUAACUGACGUUAUAUCUUUGUGAUUUGUUAAGUUGCUUUUAUUGUGGUUGAUUUUCAUGUUGUAUUUUGACGUUUUUUAAAAACGUUUUUAAUCACGAAUUAUUUUAAUCCAGAGUUUGCUGAAAACACGUCUUAGUGUUCUAACUACAGCAAACACUGUUCACUAUCAAACUGCGUACACCACGUACCUAAAACUAAUAACAGCUACUAAUUAUCAAGUAAUUUAAACACCAGGAUGUACAAAAACACACUUAGCAUUAUCUAUGAUAGCUAGCUUACAGCAGGCUAACUGAAAAUGACUGUUUACCUAAGGUUUCAAUACAGAACUCUAAAGGUACACUAGAUUAGCAUUAGCCAGGUAGUUAAACAAUGCAGUUAACAUUAUUUUCAAAAUAUUGUUAAAGAAUUCAAUGUGUAUGCUACUUGCUAACAAAGCUAGCAUGUUUAUUAAGUACGCUUGUAAAGUGACCGUAAAACCUUUAUCAGGUAGCAUAGCCGCUACACACAGUAUGAAUUAUCUAUACAGAGAAAGUCUUUAAAAAUGUAUCCAGUGUUCAGGUCAUGAGAACGUUUCCGGCAGUUAAAAUUAAGCACAAACCUAUGUCCACAAAACUGUCCACAGGUCCGUCCAGCUGCCCCCCAAAUCGUGUCCACCAAGAGUGAGUAAUUAAAGCGAUAGUUCAGUGUAAAAUCGAAUUUCUACAAAUGUAUUCGAUUAGCCACGCCCACCAAUCUGCACUAAGCUGAUACCACAACCGUUAGCAUUAUGCUGACACCACACAAAGCUUAUACCCAUCAACUAGCACUAAGCUAACAACACACAAAGCUUAUACCCAUCAACUAGCACUAAGCUAACACCACACGGAGCUUAAACCAAUCAAUUAGCACUAAGCUAUAACCACACAAAGCUUGUACUGCAACAGUUAGCACAAAGCUAACAACACAGAGCUUAUACCCAUGAACUAGCACUAAGCUAACACCACACAAAGCUUGUACGGCAGCAUUUAUCACAAAGCUAACACCACACAAAGCUUGUACUGCACAGUUAGCACUAUGCUAACACCACACAGAGCUUGUACUGCACCAAUUAGCACUAACACUAGCACUAACUAAUUUCGUACUAACUGCUUUAAGGUACGAGUUUGAUCAUUGUACCACGGUGCGAGCUUUUUCUGUCUCUCUAUUUUGUGUUUAAGGGGAGCUACAACAUCUAAGGUAGAGCGAAAGGUAUUUUCUAAACCUUCGGUUAGUUUGUCUAGUUCUACUGAGUCUACAGGAGAGUACAUUAGAGUUGAUAAGUCUGGAAGCUUAUCUGUAAAUUGUUGGGCUGUAAAAGGCGUAAUUGAACGUUUUACAGAGUAGCUAGGGGAUGUACGUAUAUUAUGACUGAGAUGUAAUUUAAAUGAAAUAAGGUAAUGAUCUGAAAUUGCGGAGGUUUGAGAACGAAUAUUCGGGUUAUCUAUGCUCACACCCAGGGUCAAAACUAAAUCCAGAGUAUGAUUACAGUAAUGAGUAGGUCCU